GUCCCUCCGUUCGUAGUCCCUUUGAAAUUCUGUCUUUCAGGUUCUCACAUUAGCCUCUGAUUUCUCGGAUUCCAGAAUUUUGGCGGAAAAAGGUGAAGACAAGAAGAGACACUAAAACAAAGUCCUAGAUUAAUAGAUAAAUUGCAGAGAUGAGCACAAGCGAGAUUCCUCCUAACAUGACCAUCUACAUCAACAAUCUCAACGAAAAAAUCAAACUCGAAGAGCUGAAGAAAUCUCUAUUGGCGGUUUUCUCUCAAUUCGGGAAGAUACUGGAGGUUUUAGCAUUCAAGACUCUGAAACACAAAGGGCAAGCUUGGGUUGUUUUCGAGGAUGUUUCUUCCGCCACCAACGCGCUCAGGCAAAUGCAAGGUUUUCCGUUUUAUGACAAGCCAAUGAGGAUACAAUAUGCUAGGACAAAAUCUGAUAUUAUAGCGAAGGCUGAUGGUACCUUUGUUCCUCGAGAAAGACGGAAGAGGCAUGAUGAAAGAGCUGAGAGAAAGCGAAAAGAACAACAUGAUGCUAAUCAAGCUGGAUUGGGUCUAAAUUCUGCAUACACUGGUGCUUAUGGUGCUGCACCCCCUCAGCUAUCACAAUUACCAUAUUUAGGUGGGGCGAAGACCAUGGUUCCAGAGGCCCCAGCUCCACCAAAUAACAUAUUGUUCGUUCAAAAUCUCCCACAUGAGACAACUCCAAUGAUGCUGCAAAUGCUGUUCUGCCAGUACCCUGGUUUUAAAGAAGUUAGAAUGGUGGAGGCGAAGCCUGGGAUUGCUUUUGUGGAGUAUGGGGAUGAAAUGCAAUCAACAGUUGCAAUGCAAGGACUACAGGGUUUUAAGAUUACCCAGCAGAACCCAAUGCUGAUUACAUAUGCAAAGAAAUAAAUACUAGUAUUGGGAUAUUUCUUGUUGUCCUGGCUGUAUUCUGCAUCCACAGGAAUAGACUGUUUCAAUGGUCUUCUUGUCCUGACAGCAAGUGAUGCUACAACUGCCUUUUCAAUAUGUUGUUAUCAUAUACUUUGCACAGAAUCGUGGAGAAUGGAUAUAUGUCCCUUGUGUAGGCCCUAGGGUGGUCUACCGUUUACAUGCCUGGUAGUUUUUGAUUGGACCUUGUGUUGGAGGACCCAGUAAACAAACCAAGAUGGCAAGGCUGUUUUAGUCCAUGGGGAAUUGGGGAUGAGUCCUACUAAUGACUAAGGUAGGUCAACUGUUGGUCUUUUCUGUGUUUCUUUUGACUAUUACAUAACUACGUAAGGCAAUUAGAUCAUUUUAAUUACUAGAUUAUCCUGAUUGCUGGUUUGUGCA